AGGCUGCUCAAGCCAAUACACGAGCGGUGACCAUUGUAAACGACACAUCCCGUGUUGUUGUUGCUAACCAAAACGACCCCACAACCUUUACCCAGUACAAAUCAGGUCUCAACCCUCGCCCCCAAGGUCCUGUCUCUUCACCCUUCUUCGCUCUCGAUCUCCCUUGGUUGACCUCUGCGUCUUUCUCCGUCGGAGUUCAAAUCUCCGAUCUCUCCGUUUAG